CUACAACACGUAGUUAUGUUAAAAGAAAUGCAAGAUGGUGGUGUGUUUUGAUUUAGACAUAAGACUAAUAUAAUUUACGAAAUAUUGUAAAAUGUGAAAUUUAGGACACGUAAUUCUGAAUCAUUAUUUGUCCAGUUGUGAAACAUACUUUUUCGAAUGCCUAUCAACAUGCAGCCUUUAGGUGAAAACACCGCAAAUAUUCCAGCCUUUUUAGGUAAAUUAUGGAAAAUGGUAAAUGACCCAGCUACGGAUCAUUUGAUUUGUUGGAGUCCGGCUGGAAACAGUUUUAUUAUUCAAAAUCAAGCGCAGUUUUGGUAUGAAUUAUUACCUCUCUACUACAAACAUAACAAUAUGAGUAGUUUCGUACGACAAUUAAAUAUGUAUGGUUUUCAUAAAAUGUCAACCGUUGAGAAUGGUACAAUGGAUGCAGAUAAAGAUGAAAAUCAAUUUUAUCAUCCUUAUUUCCAGAAGGACCAACCUGAAAUCCUCGUAAACAUCAAACGGAAGGUCACUGCUUCAAAAUCUGCUGAAAACAAUGUACAAAAUGUUUUAAAGCAUGAUGAUAUUGCUAAGGUUAUAACGGAUGUGAAACAACUUAAGACUCGGCAAUCUAGUGUCGAUUCACAACUUUCUGCUAUGAAACAGGAAAAUGCUGUUUUAUGGAGAGAACUUGCUAUGUUGAGACAGAAACACAUUAAACAACAACAGAUCGUCAAUAAGUUGAUACAAUUUUUGGUCACAUUAGUACAACCUUCAACUGCAUCUAGAAUGGGUGUUGGGGUUAAAAGGCGAAUGCCUUUAAUGCUGCAUGAGAGCCCUGCUAAAAAGUCGAAAUCAAAAAAACCUGUAAGAUCCGAUUUAGAUGGAGGCCCAACUAUUCACGAAUUAGACAGUGAAAUUGAAAUCUCUCCUGAGGAAUUACUAGAACAUGAAAUUGAAGAUCAACCAGUCGUAGCAAGCCCUGUAAGAAACGUGUCUACAUCACCACAAUCUGGCGAUGGUAAAUUUCAAUCUGGAUCUGUAUCCUCGCCAGCAGAAGGAACGGGCGAAACGAUUUCAGAAAAUUUUUGGGAUAAACCUGAGUUUGUAGAGAUUACCCAAAUAAAUCCUGAAGAACUUAUAUCUGACAAUGAACUAACUGAAGAAAACUUAACCGAUUUACAGUCCAAUACAAGUCAAUCGAAUGAAAAAGUUUUUUUAAAUCCAACAGCAAGAGACACUCUUUUGACAAACUUGGUAAAUGGAAGUUACAAUUCCAAUAUUUUAAAUGGGAAAAACUCUAAAAAGACUAGUAACAAUACCACAAGUAACGCAUCUGCUGUGUUGACAGAUAUAAAUACAGGAAACAAUACGGACAUGACGGUUGCUACAAGAGAUUAUAAAAUUAACUCUGGUACACUUGGUACUAAUGAAUGUUGUAGGGAAGAUUUAGAUUUACAUUUGGAAAGUACCCAGAGUGAGAUUGACCAACUAAAAGAUAUACUUCAUGGUUGCAACAGUUUGGAUGCUAAUGCACUUCUUGGACUUUUCAAUGAUGAUCAACCAAGUUAUGGACUUUCCGUUAACCAAAAUAGAGAUGAUUUAAAUUCUCCCACAGGGAGUCAACUGAUUUCAACGGAUCCUAUGGUGUCUGGCACAGAAUUAGCAACUUGCGGAAAUAACUUGAUAGAUUUCAACGAGCUCUUUGAUGAUUCUAUUGACGGACAGGAUGCCGCUCCGACUUCAAUAGAUUCCAGUUCCACCGUCAAUACACCGCUUAUAAUUAAAAGUGAACCUUUAUUUCCCACAUUUGACAAAGAAAUUUAAUAUAUAUUUUUAUACAAAUAAGUACAUAAGUACGUAUUUAACUAAUGGGUGUGGGUGUAUUGAAAUAUUCACCCUCACAAUGUUUUUUCCUUUACUUUUGCAAUUCUAUAUAUAUAUAUAUAUCAUUUGUUUCUCAGAAUGAAAAAGAAUAUUCUAUUUUAUAAUAUAUGUAUAGCUUGUAUGAAUUCCAUUUUAUUGCAGUAAAUUGACAAAUCAGUUUUAUUCCCAAGCUAAAGAUGAUUUUUACGAGAUUGUAGCUUUUAAUUGUAUUUAACAUAUGCAUUAUAUUUAGUUUCUUAAACAUAAUUGAAGAACAUUAGCAAUAGUUAGUAUCUAACUGCAUCAGUAUCAGGAUUAGAAUAUAAGGAUAAUUCUUAAUUUUGUUUGUUUUGGAAAUGGGUAUUAAAAUUGAAUUUUAUUAAACAUAAUACAUUGUUCUAUAAUGUUUUUAUUCCCAUUUAUUGGUUGUAUUAAACACUGGUUACUGUUGAAUAUGGGAACAAUAUAACUUGAUUUAGUGGCAGCUGUGCGUUGCUUAUUCAUAUAUUGUUUAAUUUGACGUGAAACAAGCAUGUAACUUAUAUUCUAAUUCUGAUUUUUCACUAUGUAGAUACCAGUUUUUUUUUUUUAUAAAAAUGAAUAUUAACAAACAAUGUAACACAAUUUGUUACGGAAUAAGUUCACUUUGAUAUUAUUACGUAUGUUCUGAUAGUCUGCAGCUUUUUGCGAAUUUGUUUUAUCAUCUUUUCUGUGUGCAAGAAAAAAACCAGGGAUUUAGAGAUACUUUGAUAUUGUAUAAGUGACUCAAAACUGUAUAUAUUUUUUUGCUGCUAUUGUCUCCGUAUUUCCUUCCAUUUACCACCAGUGGCAUAUUGUAUAAAUGUGAAUUUCGUCUCGUAUUUUAGUUAAUACAAUUUUAGUCAAGGUUGCCGGUGAUAUAAACAUGUUUAUAUAUUUUUAAAUGUAAAUACUGUUAAUUCUAAAUAUAUUGGCAUAUUAUUAUUA